GACCGGAGGAGCUCCUCGCUCGCUGCGGUAGCUAGCUAUAGUAGCCAAUCGACAGAGGACGUCUCUUGACUCUUGUACUGCUACGAAGGUAGCUAGUUAGUAGCUACACAGCAUGGGUGGCGAAGGGGACGCCCCGAGCCGGCUGGAGAGCAUCCUGACGGACACGUCGGCCCCGCUGGGGGAGUGCGCGUGGGCGGCGGGGUCGGUCGAGCUCCGGCUGCUUGUGCGGCUGGCGGCGCCGGUGGUGGUGGUGUACAUGAUCAACUACGUCAUGUCUAUGUCCACGCAUAUCUUCUCCGGCCACCUCGGGAACCUGGAGCUCGCCGCCGCCUCGCUCCGCAACACCGCACUACCGGAAAAGAGUCCUACCAUGACGGCCAAAACAAUGCCGACGGCCGCCGUCGGCCUAUUUUGAGCUAUGCCGACAGCCACGUCCUGGCGUUGGCCUAUCCUGGCCGUCGGGCUACCCCGAUCUAGGCCGAUGGCACCCCUCGGCACCAAAUGGCCGUCGGCCUAGCUGAGAACACACCGACAAGUACAGUCGGCAUAAAAUAGCCUUCGGCAUACUCGUGGGCCCGGCGAUCCCGUCCGUGACCAGCGGCUAACGUCGUCAAAUCUAUGCCGACAGAGGGGACGGACAACCGUCAGCAUAUCUCCGCAUGCCAGGUCACCGAUCCGGGGCGCACUGUCCAGCACGUAUGCCGACGGCGGCCGGCGGCAUACACGCCACGUCAGCGAUCCGCAG